GCGAUUGGACGAAGAAUGACAAUGUAGUCACGCGAGCUAGCURGUAGUGACGUCUUGGUCAACGCGAUGCAGAAACCAACAGAAAACACAAUGAAUUCGGUUUGUCGCGAGCAUUAACGUACGUAAAAGCAUAAUGUCAGCGGAACAGAGUCCCCGAAGUUCUCAACGCGCCAUGGAUACCAUUGAAAACCAACCAAACAACAAAAGAGAGAAUGUUGGGACAUCUCCAGUCURUUAUGCUUGGUUGAAAAUUUGCAAUUUCUUUCAUUCAAAAAUGGAAAAGAUGUUUGCAAUAUCAGGUACUAAAAUAGCAACGCACCCUAAGCUAGUAAUCUUGGUUGGAUUUACAGUUGUUGGCUGUCUAUCGAUUGGAUUCGUUUGGUUCAAAAUGGAGAAGCGAACUGUAAAACUCUUUAUACCCCAAGACAGUCAAGCAAUGAAAGACUUGGGAAAAGCUGAAGAGAAUUUUCGUCUUCAGUUGCGCAGUGAAACAAUCAUAAUCGUCGCGAAGGGCGACAAACAAGUGUUAUCAACGCAAUGUUUUAAUGACGUUCUUCAAAUUCACAAUGCUGUCACACGUUUGCCUCUUUACACUAAAUUAUGUGCCAAGAUUACAAAGAACAGCUCGAACCCAUGCAUGUUUCUAAAUCCUUUGGAGCUUUUUAACUUUGAGAAUAAAAAUAUUUUAAAUGUUAGUGCGAGAGUUAAAGAGAAAACAUCGUGUCCUUCGUCCUUUAUAAUGAGUAAUGGACGCACUUCUUGCCAAAACGUCAAUCUUAUGUUUGGGACAGAGCAACAUCGUGUGAACGACGUUUCACAGGUAAAAGCUUUAAGGUUGGUAUAUUAUUUACAAGAAACCAACAGUGAUAGCGACUACUCCAAAGUUAUUUCGUGGGAAGCUGACUUUAUGAAUACUUUGAAGUCCCUACAAAAGAACAUGACUUGCUCCAAUAUAUUAUUGGCAACUGAACGAAGUUUGGACGACGCAAUCGAUGAUAGUAGCGGUUCUGAUAUCAGGUAUUUUGCUCUGACGUUUACAGUCAUGAUUAACUUUGCCAGUUUUAUGUUGGGCAAGAUAUUCAGAAAUCCACUGACCGGUCAUUCGCUGCUUGGCACGGGCGGGGUUAUAUGCGUUGGUCUCGGUAUAGCUGCAGGCUUUGGUCUCUCUAUGAUGUCUCAGACACCUUUCGUCAAGAUUGUUGGAGUCUUGCCAUUCCUAGUAGUAGGGGUUGCCAUUGACGACAUGUUCAUUAUAACUGAUGAGCUUGAUCGACAGUCGAAAGACAAAAGCGUAAUUAACACGGUGUCAUACGUCAUGCAACAUACUGGACCUAGUAUAACCAUGACAACUGUCACGGACUUAGUUGCCUUUGCGGUUAGCACUACGUCAGAAUUCCCUUCCAUCCAAUACUUCUGCAUAUAUGCAGCGCUGACCAUAACAUUUGCUUACUUACUUAUUGUAACUGUAUUCGUAGCAUUGGUGACUUUCGACGUGAAGAGAAUAAAAGCUAACCGUCGAAAUUGUCUCCCGAUUUGUUUUGCACCGGAGCCCAAAGAAGGACAGCCACCAUGGGAUGAGCCAAAGCAAGCUGUCUCAAGCAGGAUCAUGGAGCAAUGGGGCAAAACACUCACAACUCCCUUGGGUAAGGUAAUCGUGGUUGUUCUUUCUCUUGGACUUUUAGGAGCUGGUAUUUACGGAACACUUCAAACUAGUGAAAGCUUCAACAGAUCCCUGCUGGUGCGUGAUGGGAAUCCAUACAAAGAUUUCAUCAAGACACAAAAUAAAUACUUUGAUGAUGCAAUUGAAUUUAGUGUUGUAAUUGACAAAUCACUGGACUAUAGUACUAAAGAGACGCAAACUGCAGUUCAGAAACUUGGAGAUAUCAUACGAUCAAAUAAUUACUGCAAAAACCAAACUAGAAUAUGGGUCGACGAGUUCAAAUCUUACUGUCAUAGAAAGCAUUUAGUCGCAGAACGGUCCUCCUUUAUGCAAAACAUGAGAAAGUUUCUUGAUGAUCCAUUUUACAGUCAUUUUGCCAGAGAUGUUAAACUCUCGCCUGAUAAGAGGCGCAUUGUGGCCUCUAGAGUCAUUGGAUACAUACAAGGUUCUGAUUCUCCAGUGUUCCAGAGAGAUGCUAUGUUAUCACUUCGCAAAGACUUGUCUAGUAAAUCAACUAUUCCAGUUUAUCCCAUUGCCAGAUCGUUCAUUUUCCUCGAACAGUACGCCAUAAUUGUGAAAGAGACGAUCAAGAACCUGUCAAUUGCAUCAGCAGUUAUUCUCAUCAUAACUGGCCCUUUCUUGGUUGAUUUCAUAGCYACAUUUUUAGUGUUCUUCAGUUUUGCGUCGCUAAUUUUCGAGUUAUUUGGGCUGAUGGUCAUAUGGGGCGUAUCUCUGAAUUCAAUCUCUAUGAUUAAUCUAGUCAUGGCUAUUGGAUUUUCUGUCGACUACAGCGCACAUAUUGCACUUGCGUUCUUGAAAUCCAGAGAGUCAACACCCGAGGAGAAAGUCGUGGAUUCUUUAAAAAGUGUUGGAGCCAGUGUACUCCUAGGAGGUUUCAGCACUCUCCUUGGAAUUUCCCUGACAUCUCUGUCCAAUUCGGAAAUCUUUCGUAUAUUUUUCAAGAUGUUUUUUGGAAUAGUUAUGCUGGGCUUGUUACAUGGCUUGGUCUUCCUACCCGUCUAUCUCGCUAUCUUUGGUAAAUGGAGCACAUUCCUACAAAUAACUGCAGCAACAGAGACUCGUGUUGAUGAUGUAGAUAGUAGAGCAGAUAAUGUCAAUCUUGGAAGUGAUAGUGAUAUUCACGAGGUCGACAACUCGAAAUAUGAAAAUCCCGCUUACAGGGAUGAUGGUAUUCUCGAGGACAAACUUGACGUGGAAUGGAAAAAUGCAACUCCAGAUACAGAACAAAAUCCGAAUGUCAAAGUCACAACGUCCACAACUAGAUUCUGAUAAGGUUACUGAUCAAUGAAUUUUAUUUCACAGAGUGUAUUCAAGUAAAUGUGUGAAAUUUCCAUAAAUCCGCGAACAAACACUAGWUAGUUGUACCGUUUAGGGUCGUUUAUAGUAAAAGAAUUUAGAAAGGGUGGAUGCUUUGGUUCGUAGACAUAGCGUGAACUUGAAAAUUGUAAUCAGCCGGCUAAACUAUAAGACAUCCCAAGAAAGACAAGAAAAUAAACAUUUAAUUCAGUCAUU